AUGGAGGACGGUGAACUUGAUUUCUCGAAUCAUGACGUUUUUCCGAAUCCAAACAUGCCUGAAUUUCCGAGUAGUGGUUCAAUGGACAGUUUCUUUGAUGAACUGUUGAAAGAUACACACGCUUGUACUCAUACCCACACGUGUAAUCCACCUGGUCCUGAUUCUUCGCAUACUCAUACUUGUUAUCACGUUCAUACCAAAAUUGUGCCUGCAUCUGAAGAAGAUCAGGUUGGGACUGAUGAUACGGCUGAGUCUGCUGAGAAGAAGUCGAAGAAACGUCCGGUGGGGAAUAAAGAAGCUGUUCGGAAGUAUCGUGAGAAGAAAAAGGCUAGGGCUGCGUCGUUGGAAGAUGAGGUUACGAAAUUGAGGGCUUUGAAUCAGCACUUGAUGAGGAAGUUGCAGGGACAGGCUGCUCUAGAGGCUGAAGUGGCGAGAUUGAAGUGUUUGUUGGUUGAUAUAAGGGGAAGGAUUGAAGGGGAAAUUGGAUCUUUUCCGUAUCAAAAACCAACCAAUCCCAACCCCUCAAUUACGAACUUGCCUGGUUCUUAUGUCAUGAACCCUUGUAAUGUGCAGUGUGAUGAUCGGGUAUAUUGCCAAGGUCCUGGAGCAGAUGGGAGGUUUACUGCAGAAGGGGUGUCCCCAAAUGAGGAGGGAUUUGAUGGUUGUGAAUUUGAAAGUCUCCAGUGUCUCGGAGGCCAGAAUUUGGGGAUCAAAGAUCUUCAUGGUUGUGGAGUUGGACCGACAAUGUCUAAUGUUAAUUCUCAAUCUUCCAAUAAAAGAAAAGGGGGAUCUCGCGCAGCAAAAGCUGGAUGA